GUGGCUAAGUGGCUCUUGGAAACAAACAGCGUCAUAUUUUCCUCUGUGCUGUUGGUAAACAAGGGCGAGGUGGCUCAGUCCCUGGUGAAUGCGCGGCUCAGGUAACGGAGCCCCGAGCACACCUGAGACAGAGCAGAGCAACCGAGAAUCGCAAUCCUUCUGCUAGCUGCUCGCAACCACAGCACCGGAACUCCGUGUCUUCCACACUGAACAAGACAGCGCCCCUCUUCAAUUCCUCAGCUCAUGAAGACGAUGCCAGCGUCUGCCGGCGGGGUUGUGGUCGUCACCCAGUUUUACCCUCAAGCCCCCCCCGAUAAUGGCCCGCCAGCUCUCGCUGGGGUUCCGAGGUGCCAAGUGUUCCCCAGCGGCUCCCUGUGCCAGCCGUCAGGGCAGCUGAAGCGUUUCCUCAAAGGAGAGCCCAGAGUGCUGGGGACUGUCCAGAUAAUUGUGGGCGUUAUAAACAUCCUGUUCGGAGUGGUUCUGUCGAGGACGCUGUGGUCCGUUGCAGUGAUACUUGGAGCUCCCUUCUGGACUGGUGUAUUCUACAUCAUCUCAGGAUCUCUCUCCGUCGCCGCGGACAGGACUCCCAGGAUCAGCCUGGUAAAGGGGACCUUAGCCAUGAAUGUCCUGAGCAGCAUUGCAGCGGGAAUCGGAAUAAUCAUUUACCUGGUCGACCUGGCUGUGUGGAGCCGGUGUAAAUCCUACCCACACCAUUCCUCUGGCAGAGACGAUGAUUCCGCCGUGCUGUUCAAUAGCGCAGCUCAAGGGCUGAAGUCUGUCUUGCUGCUUUUCACAAUCCUGGAGUUUUGUGUGGCGAUCUCGGUUUCUGCUUUCGGCUGCAAGGCCGUGUGUCACGGAGCCCAAGAUCAAACGCCUAUGGUUGUCAUCCAGAGCACCUGCAACACAGCCAGCGCGCCCUCUGCUGGAGUGCAGAAUAUCUACAGCCUGGCCGCUCCGCCCUUCAACCCGAGUUACACACCUCUCCCGCCCGACGGGGUGAACCCGCCGCCCUACAAAACCUAAACCUUACAAUAAUAAUAAUAAUAAUAAUAAUAAUAGAGCUUGCUUUUUCUAAGUGCGCUGUGUGAACAAAUAAAAUCUUUUAGCGGCUGCCCGAGCGUCCCUGUUGUUUUGUGAUGCCUGCAAACAGAGUUAGCUCCGGAGGAAAUGACCCAUUCAUUUCCAUCGGGUUCAAGUGGGUGCUGGUUCUGUGCAGGUCCGGACCGCCUCGAAGGAGUAGAUGUCUGUCUGUGUGUCUCUUUGUGUGUCUGUC